GCGGCGGAGGGAGGAGGAGGCGCUCCUGGCUGCCGCCGUUGCCUCCGCUGCUGGGCGCCUGGGCAGCUUCCCGGCUUCUGCGACCGCCAUGGACGAGCAGGCGGGUCCCGGCGUCUUCUUCAGCAACAACCACCCCGGGGCCGGCGGUGCCAAGGGGCUCGGGCCUUUGGCGGAGGCUGCCGCGGCCGGCGACGGGGUGGCUGCGGCGGGGGCGACUCGAGCCCAGUACAGCCUCCCGGGGAUCCUGCACUUCCUGCAGCACGAAUGGGCCCGCUUCGAAGUGGAGAGAGCCCAGUGGGAGGUGGAGCGGGCGGAGCUGCAGGCCCAGAUUGCCUUUCUUCAAGGGGAACGGAAAGGUCAAGAAAAUUUGAAGAAAGAUCUUGUAAGGAGGAUCAAAAUGCUGGAGUAUGCUCUUAAACAGGAAAGAGCCAAAUACCACAAGCUGAAAUAUGGAACAGAAUUGAAUCAGGGAGAUAUGAAGCCUCCAAGCUAUGAUUCUGAUGAAGGUAAUGAAACAGAGGUGCAGCCACAACAAAAUAGCCAGUUAAUGUGGAAACAAGGUCGACAGCUACUCAGACAAUAUCUACAAGAGGUGGGUUAUACAGAUACAAUUCUAGAUGUGAAAUCUAAACGAGUGCGAGCUUUGUUGGGCUUUUCAAGUGAUGUCACUGACAGGGAAGAUGACAAAAAUCAGGACUCAGUUAUAAAUGGCACAGAGGCUGAAGUUAAAGAAACAGCAAUGAUUGGAAAAUCCGAGUUAACAGAUUCUGCCGCCGUGCUGGAUAAUUUCAAAUUCCUUGAAACGGCAGCUGCAGAUUUCAGUGAUGAAGAUGAAGAUGAUGACAUUGAUGGAAGAGAGAAAAGCAUUAUUGAUACUUCAACAAUUGUUAGGAAGAAAGCAUUGCCUGAGAGCAGUGAAGAUCGAGAUACAAAAGAAGCUCUAAAAGAGUUUGACUUCUUGGUUACACCAGAGGAGGGAGACAGUGAAUCUAGAAGUGCAGGUGAUGGAACAGACUGGGAAAAGGAAGACCAGUGUCUCAUGCCUGAAGCCUGGAAUGUGGACCAGGGAGUAAUUACCAAACUCAAGGAACAAUACAAAAAGGAGAGAAAGGGGAAAAAGGGGGUGAAGAGGCCCAAUAGGUCAAAACUACAAGAUAUGCUCGCUAAUUUGAGAGAUGUUGAUGAACUGCCCUCAUUGCAGCCAUCUGUGGGUUCACCUUCCAGACCUAGCAGCUCCAGACUUCCUGAACAUGAAAUAAAUAGGGCAGAUGAAGUGGAAGCAUUGACAUUUCCUCCUUCUUCUGGGAAGUCAUUCAUCAUGGGAGCAGACGAAGCCCUUGAAAGUGAACUGGGCCUUGGAGAAUUAGCAGGUCUUACAGUGGCCAAUGAAGCAGAUUCACUAACUUAUGAUAUUGCAAACAAUAAAGAUGCAUUAAGGAAGACAUGGAACCCUAAGUUUACGUUAAGAAGUCACUUUGAUGGUAUUCGAGCCCUUGCUUUCCACCCCACUGAACCUGUUUUGAUAACAGCAUCAGAAGAUCACACAUUAAAAAUGUGGAAUUUGCAGAAAACAGCCCCAGCCAAAAAGAGUACUUCCCUUGAUGUAGAACCUAUCUAUACAUUCAGGGCUCAUAAAGGUCCAGUGCUUUGUGUGGUAAUGAGCAGUAAUGGGGAGCAGUGUUACAGUGGCGGCACUGAUGGAUUGAUCCAGGGCUGGAACACCACCAACCCCAACAUUGACCCCUAUGACUCUUAUGACCCAUCUGUGCUAAGAGGCCCUCUGUUAGGCCACACCGAUGCAGUCUGGGGCUUGGCUUACAGCGCAGCUCAUCAGCGGCUGUUGUCCUGUUCAGCAGAUGGCACUCUCCGUUUAUGGAAUACCACUGAGGUUGCUCCUGCCCUAAGUGUAUUCAAUGAUAAUCAAGAAUUGGGAAUCCCUGCUUCUGUGGAUCUGGUGAGCAGUGACCCAAGCCAUAUGGUAGCAUCAUUCAGCAAAGGCUAUACAAGCAUCUUUAACAUGGAAACCCAGCAACGUAUUCUCACUUUAGAAUCCAAUGUAGAUAUGACAGCCAAUUCUUCAUGCCAAAUAAAUAGAGUGAUCAGUCACCCCACUCUUCCCAUCAGCAUCACUGCUCAUGAAGACAGACAUAUCAAAUUCUAUGAUAACAAUACAGGCAAACUGAUCCACUCAAUGGUAGCCCACCUAGAAGCUGUUACAAGUUUAGCAGUUGAUCCUAAUGGCCUCUACUUGAUGUCUGGCAGUCAUGACUGUUCAAUACGUUUAUGGAACCUAGAAAGUAAGACAUGUAUCCAAGAGUUCACAGCGCACCGGAAGAAGUUUGAAGAAUCGAUUCAUGAUGUAGCUUUCCAUCCAUCCAAAUGUUAUAUAGCCAGUGCUGGAGCUGAUGCACUGGCUAAAGUCUUUGUAUGACACAAUGCAUCAUCUCUACUUUCUAGCUCUUUAUAAAUAGUCAACUGCACAAAAGAGAUUCAGAAGACCAGGGCAAGAAUCAACUCGUCCUGCUCUUUUGUUCUGCUGGAGGAGCACAGAGAACAUUUGUUAAAGUAUAGUUUUGCAAUUCGCAUACUGUUUUCUAAAACUAAGGUUUGUUCAGGUUGCUGCAAGCUCAGCCGAAUCUGUGAGCCUGAAACUUGUUUCAAAUUUUCCCCCAAGGAGAUGCUUUUAUUUCUGAAGUUGUUCUAAUUCGCUAGGCAGGCCGAGCGAACAUAGGUUUAGCUUGUUGUCCCUAUUGAGAAAAUAGGACAUACUAUAAGGAUAUUUAAAAAGCUUGGUGGCUGGGAAUGAAGUUUAAGAAGAGUGGAAAUUUAGACCUAGCCCCUCCCCCACCCCAGGAAAUCUUGUUAAACACAUUAGAUAUUAAAAAAAAAUAAUCUUUAUCAUAUCUGCUGUACUAAACCCUGUAUGCAUAAAGACCAGUCUCAGUGUUAAAAUGAGUUUUUAAUUUAGCUGUCUUUUCAACUGUUCAUAUAAAGCACCUGGCAAAGAAUUUUCACUAUUAGGGAAAAAAGAAAUGCAAUAAGAUGUUAAAUAUAUUGUUCUGAAAUGUGAAACAUAAUUAGUUUGUAAGCAGAUUUCUAUAUUGUAUGAAAAUAAAUUUGGUUUUACUCUAAAGGUUAGCUGUGGAAAGCACUCACCAUUAUGAAGGAUAGUUGAUAGAGUCUGCUUUUACUAUAGGAUUUAACUUAUUCAGGUUUAAGAUUCCAUUUAUUUUAAGGGCAAGCCAGACAUACAAUAAUUUAUUAAUUUUAAAUUCACUUUACUCAUCAUACUUAUAGUGUCAGAGUGUUUAUUUCAUAUCAAUGAAAUAUUACUUUUAGUGGUUGAAAAGACAGAUGUUAUUUGCCAAGUACUUAUCUAUCAACACCCACAUAACCAUGCUUCAGAUGACCCUCAGCUCUCUAUUCUUUGUAUAUCAUAUUAAAAUUAUCUGACACCUACCCAACAUAGUUUAUAAUGAUUAUAUUUUAAUAGUCCAAAGAGUAUGGUUAACCUCAGGCAGCUGCUUUUGCAAAAGAACUGAAUAAAGUAGAUGUUUUUUUAACCCAGGAGUCCUCUAUUAAUAUCUCCCAGAAGUACCUCCCGGAAGUUGGGAUGGAAGAGUUCAAUAUGUAAUAGUGGCUAAAGAGUUCUCUUUCCCUCUCCCAUUGUUUAAUGAGGUGUUUAAUUAGAAUACACAAUGCAUUUUAAUGGGCAGUGAUUCAGUAUUAUUUCGGGGGUGGGGGGAGAGUUAUAUCUUAAAAGACCAGGGUGUACUGAGCUUGUGACACACAUAUCAGCUCUUGAGACUUUGAUGACUGCAGUAUAUGGACUUCUGAUACUUAGAUCUCAUCCCUGUAACUGUUUCACCCUCCUCACUCUUCUUUUCCCAAAAUGCCAGAGAACAAUCUAGAAGCUAGAAUAAAUUACUAUAUGUAAUAUACUCUCAAACUUUUAAAGGUCCAUAUCCAUAAGUAUUUUAAUCUUUUAUUAUAAUUCUACAUUCCUGUCCCCACAUAAUCCAUUGUAACAAUAGCAUCUAUUCCUUGAAGAAGUAUUCCGGUGGUGAUGUGAGUAAUAAUUGACAAUUUUUUCUUAACGUGUUUGCUUGUCUGCAAAUAGAAUUCUGCAAAAUGCAGGCAAAUUUUCUUUGAAGUUAAAACACCUGUGCUAAGUUUGCUUGAUUGUGACACAGAUAUGCUUUACUAUUUUCACACAGAUACCUUGUCCUUUUGUCUAUGCUUUGGUUAACAUUGGGCUCAAGGCACUCCUUUGCAUAAUCAAAUGGGUUGACCUGGAUUUGAGCUACCAUAUGUAUAUGCCCAGAUACAGAUUUCCACAUUGUAUUUGGUGAAUUCCUCAUUUGGUUGGUCAGAAUAAAGGAAUGGUUUCAUUAACCUGACAUGUAAGAGGAAUCUGGAAAAUUUCAGUCAAGUGCUCUUACUUGGUAUUUUAAUUGGACUACUGUGAAGAUGUUCUAUCAGUAACUGCUUUAAUACCUUCCAUGGUCUUCAGUGCCUGCUUUAUUUGCAUCACUAAAAUUCUCAAAAUGAAAAAAUUCUCUUCACUUGCAUUUAAUGUCUCAUGGUUGGAAACUUCUUUAGUGAGUAGAAAAUAACCAUGAAAUAUGUAGACUAUCAUACAAAUGAUGGAACUGUUGAAAGUUCCUUAGAAAGCUGGUGCUGUGCCAUUGGAGAAUGCACACAGAAACGGGUUCUUCUCCACUAGCACUGUCUGAUAUCCCCUUAGAAAUGAGCCAAAAUUGUCUUCCAAGCAGAUAGAAUCAUUCAUCUGGUUUUUCCCUCAGCCUAUCAAAAAUUCAAUAUAAAUUCAUAAAGUGAACAAAUUCAAGACUCAGUCAUUGGAAUGCUACCAUAGUGCUUGAAUGUAAAUAUACUAGAUGAAGUAUAUUGGAACAGUAUGAAAAUUGGUAAGAGAUGUGGGAUCCUGCUUCAUUUUCAUAUGCUAUGGAUCCAUCUCUGGAGCUUGCAGCACCCUUCUCCAAACUCAGCUGUCAGAUGGAGCUCAUUUGCUAUUCAAACCAUAGGCAGGUAUUUAACAUCAGUGAUAUAAUAACCAUCAGUAUUUUUCUAUUGAACAAGUUUAGCAGUUUUUGCCAUUAAACAGAUAAUUAGUUACACAAAGUAUUUAGCUUUUAUAAUCAUUUUAGUUAUGACUAAAGGGGAGAUUGAGCUGCAUCACUGAUAAUGAACUUUGUGAGAAAUUUUUGUUUAUCUGACUUUCAUUCCUUCAGUAUUCUUGCUAUAAAUUUCUUUGGAGAUAAUGAUGAAAAUUUAUUUGAAAAUGUCUAAAAUGUAUGUAUAUUUUAUAAAUAUAUAUUAUAUAUAUUU